AUGGAACUCACGCAACUACCAGAGCGGAUGUUUGCAGCCGGUGAAGAACCUGUUGGGGAGAGAGUUAACACUUAUCACAAACCGAAAAGAAUCGAGUCCAUUCUAGACGCACUAGAACCGGAGGAGGUAGAUUUCAUGCGGAAGACGACGUUUGGGAAAAUCAUUUCACAGGCAGAAAACCCGUCUUUUUCCGGUAGUUUUGGCCAGUUUGUCAUUGUGCGAAUUCUCCGAGUGAAGAAGAAGUAUGAGAUAUGGUUUCUAUUUGCCGGGACGCCGAUUAGGAUGUCUCUGCACGAGUUCGCUCAUGUCACAGGCCUUAACUGCAGGAAGAUCCCGAAGAAAAACAUAAAGAGGAAGAAGAAUCCUAUCAACGAGAAGCUCUACUGGGGUGAACUUUUUGGAUCUCUCAAGUUCUGCGCCGUGGACACCGCCAUAGAGAUGCUGAAGAAGAGGAAAGUUAAGGACCGAGAGAUGCGACUCAAGUAUGCAUGUUUGGCGUUCACUUCCUGUGUUCUACUACCGACUUCUCACUCUCCUCGGAUCAUCACUGAGCAUGUGGAGAUGAUACGUGAUUUUGAUGAAUUUCUUAAAUAUCCGUGGGGGAGAGUCACCUUUGAGAUGCUUGUUACCGGAAUUAAAAAAAAAGACGAGAUGUCGCUUGCUCAGUCCAGCGUCGCCUUACCUGGUUUUGUGGAUGCGAUCCAACUCGUAUUCAUGGCGGCUGUUCCUCAGAUAAAAGAGGUAGUCACCCCUGUCGAGCCUGUUGUUGUGAUUGACUCUGACAGCGACUCAGAUUCGGGGGAUAGCGAAUCGCUUGCUGAUAAAGUUGAAAUGAGCAAGCCCCCCAAUGCACCCCCUGCGAGUGUUCGAUAUUGUGUCAAUCCCGCACAUGUUGAAGUUACCUCCAUGCUUGUGGACGGAACCCAUACAGCGGAAGAACUGACGUGGGAAGAUGAGGUCGACGAUGUAACAGUUGAUAAUCUUGUACGAUCAAUUGAACAAGGUCACGUGCUAACCAAGGCAAUGUUCAGUGGGGGCUUAUCGGCUUCUGAUCUGGCACGCAUGAGAUCUGAGAAGAAACUAAAAGAAAAGGAACAGAAGGACAACAAAGAGAGGGAGAACCAGGCGGACUCACCAGAAGGAGAGAUUGGGGAAGCUUAUGACGUCAGCCACAUGGCUAACCUUGUUGGUCGCAUUGUAACCCCUAAGAUUGAGGAUGCCGUUUACAAGUUAGGCGACAAACUGGAGGAGCGCCUGGCUAAACUGAUCAAAGCUGAAGUCCUAAACAUGCAGGGGGCUGUUAUUCAGAGUAUUAUUGGUUUAUUAGGCAAGCCUAACCCGAGCGCGGGGGUUGCGAGUGAUGAAAAUGGUGGCGCUGUCGAUCAAGCGCAGAAUGGAAGGGGCUGUACAUCGGCGGGAGCUUCAUUACUAACUGCCGAUGCAAUAAGAAGCGAAGGACAAACCACCACAACAUAUGUGCCUACAUCUCUCCAUAACUCCACCGAACAACCACUUGUCGACCUCGCUACCGUGAUACCAAAACAGGCUGAGAAGGUCGGGGAACCACUACAGGCUGAGAAGGUCGGGGAACCAAUACAGCUCGACAAUCUUAUAAACAUGGUCAUUACCGAUGUCGGUGGCGUUUUGGAUGACAGCGAGGUGGCUCCUGCAAACAACCAGCCAUCUAUCCACAUUGCUGUAGGACCCGUCGCUGAAGGCGUCAAAACUUUGGAAGACGCUGCCCACUCUCCCACUGACACUGAUCUCACUACCCCUCAGCCUGGACAGAAUACAAAUUUCAUCCACCAUCAUCUGUCUCCUGUUGACGAAGAUGGUAGCCCACACGAGAAAGAGGUCAGUUAUCUCAUCUAG